UGCGGUACCAGGUGGUGAGUCAGAGAGAAGCACUGGCUCGGCGGUAAGGUUUGCCAUACCAGAUGGACAGACAGAGAGAUCAGACGAAGGUUAGUUGUUAUCGUUUGCUCUACCUGGUGACUCAGAGAGAAGCCGCGGUUCGWUGGUAAGGUUUUCAUCACCUGAUGGCGAGUCAGAGAGGAAAAUAGAUUUUCAGCAAUAUUUUUGACCCCAACAGGGCGUUCAUGAGAGAAAAGAUUCGAGCCUCGGUUUAAAASUCCAUCRCAGUUCCAUAAGAGCAAUGUUGUGUUACUAGCAGACUUUGAYAAAAGAUACCAGACAAAAGGCCAUUGYGAGCACACUACUUAAGAAUAAUUWAAAAAACAAAAAAAUCGYCCAGAUUUUUYCAGUUGUUUUCUCAAUUUAUCAUUUAUAUACUACAAACCACAAUAGACAUCUGAAAAUGAUUACAUUUUUUUCAUCUAUCCCAAAAGCUGUGCUGUUUCUUGCAUCACAGGAGCAGGGAAGAGGGACAUUUUGUAAUUUCAUGUAUCAAUCAAUUUGCAAUCUGCAUGAAAAACUUGAUGCAAGAAUGUGAAAAUGCUCACCAGUUGGUCACUACUAGUACCAAAACCUCAUGCUGCUUCUUGUUUGUUCUUGAACACUUUGGCUUUCAGAUCAACUUUUUACUAUUUACUAUCAACAAGGUGCACUAGUAGUAAUAUUAGCCUAUUCUUCUUGUUCGUGUUUUCCAGGUCCUAAAUACUUUCAUCCYCUAGAUCCUCAAUUCUUUUGCUUUUGGUUCCAACGAUUUUAUGGUUGAAAAAGUAUGCUAUUGUAGUUGUAGUCCAAGUAGUCGAAGAACUUGUAGCUAAACAUAAAAAAUGGUGGUCGAUGAUGAUCGUCCUGGACUCCUACCGGCACGUACCACCGUACCGUACGGUACCUGGUACGGGUACGCGUUCAAGAAGCUUGUUCCACCAACCACAACAAUUCAAAACMAAUCCAAUUCAGCCUUCGCUAGAGCUUGUUCUUUGGGAACGAUGGCGGACCAAAAGAAUGCGGUGUGGCUCCAUUACUUGCGUUCCUUCCUACGAAGCGACCAAACCGACGCGUCUGCCGAGAAGAAACGCAAGAGCGRAGCGGGAUUGGAAGAAGCAACCAAGACAAACCCAACGUCGAGCGAUUUCUACUGCGAACCAAAUGGCCCUGGGCGGAKUCCGGUAGCGGUACACCACCCGUUUGUUGCGAUGGAUCAGUCGUCAUCGUCGUCACCACAGCCCUCUAACAAGCGUGUGUGUAGGAGUCGUUCAUAGGAAAAGAAAAGGAGAGGCAGAAACCAAGAAUAUAUUUAUUCUGUCACGGAAUGUCCGAAAUCGAAUCGCUGUUACGCAUAGGUUUGCAUAGUUUGCUUUUUCUGCGAAUGGGGCAGUUAGGGAAUGGGGAACGAUCGAAUSAAUCGAAAGCAAACGAAACCAUGGAUUAGGACUUGGGCGGGAUUGGGAAGGGAUACAACGAGGGACGGGAUGGGAAAUCGUGUUUCGAAUCUGUCGAAAGAUCGAGACAACGCAAUGCACUUGGGAAUAUCAUAGUACUUAAGAAAGAACAUUUUCAUUA